UUGCUUUUUAGAGAACGCCCCACAUCCCAAUCCUUCUUCAAUCUCAUCGUCUGUCAUCCCCUCCACACUUUAGCUUUUCCAUACAAACAAACAACAGCAGCACCGGUUCAUUAUGAAGAUCGUCAGUCAAGAUGAUGUCCGUGGCUAUAACGAUGCCACCAUUGUAGGCGGUAUCAAGGGUGCCUUCCUCGCCGCCGCUAUUUGCAUCCCCGGUCAUAUGUUUCUCAUGAAGCGCUCUCCGUAUAUUCGAGCUUUGCCCCUGCCCUUGAAGGCUCUCGGUCAUGUCACCAUCACUGUGCCUUGUAUCUCUAUCGCCGCCGAAAAGGGUGGUGAGGCAUACAAUCGAGCUCAAUACUCUGGUGUCGGUCAGAGGGAAAUCGAUUGGGAACUUCAAAUUCGGAACGAGAAGUGGGAAAAAAUGUCCAAGCUGGAAAAAGCUGGUGACUGGGCGGCUAGACACAAGUACGGUAUCAUUGGAGGAGGAUGGGCUGCGUCUAUGGCAUUGGCUUUCGGCAUUGUUGCCAGGAAUCCUUAUCAGUCAACGUCGCAAAAGGUUGUUCAGGCUCGUAUGUGGGCCCAAGGCCUUACGGUUGCACUUCUUGUUGGUUCUGCCAUGGCCACCGGUCUUGGUGCCAGUAACAGUUCGACGCCUGUUGAGUCUGCCGACCACUCUUGGCGCCGCAUGCUUGAACACGAUGAACACCUAACACCCGAAGAGCGUGCCCAAUUACGAGACACCAGAGACCCCACCACCGCUAAGGAGAUUCAAAAGGCGGUUUCUCAGAGGAAAGCUGCCGCUGCUCAAGCCUGAAUACGGCUGAAUGGCUAUUGACUUAUAGGAGGGAGAACGGGAGCGGGCGCGUGUUUCAUGUCUUCAUACUGUAAUAUAUCGUGAUACCAUAUUUCGCACCUUGGCAUCAGCUCCACAUGCGUCUCAAGCGAUAUGGAUCCCGACUGAAUCUCUAUCUGCCCCUUCCCCCCUGUCGGUCUAAAAGACCUUGACUCUUACAUCGCCUUCGCCCAGUCAUCAAAUAUCCUUCUCAUCCACAUUAUCCUCUCUUGUUCAACUUCCGAAAAUAUCAAACGGCUCGCUAAUCCAGCAAGAGAAGCAAAGUCAAAGUUGACUGAUGAAGGGACUCUAAUGGCGUUGAGGAUGGAAGAAGAAGUUGGGACAUUUUAUGGUUGCGUGGCAAGAAAAAAUUUGGAUGGGCUCGGAGAGGAGAAUGCAAGAUCAAUACAGAAAAUAUGGAUGCUAGGAUAGCAGCGGCAGUCAUUGGGGAAUACACGCUAGACGCUUUGAGACAAGAAAGAUGGUGGUUGCAGCUGAAUAGAUCCAGGUAAUUUUGAAGUCUUCAGGUAAGCCACGAAACAAUGCAUGUUAUCUAGAAAGGAAGUAAUAUACAAAUCAA